AGUCUAGGCUGGCAACAUUGCCGUUAUAUUCGUUUCGUUUACGUGCUUGUUGACAACAGAAGGUGUUUUUAUUGCGAUUUAACAAAAAAAAAGCAUAUUUUGGUGAUAAUUCUUGGUUCUGGCGAACCCGAAAUUUCAAGCUUUAGCACUUUCGUGAUACUAUUGGAUAGCAAAGGCUAUGAAAAUGCCACCCACAAUAGAUGAAACUACCGAUAAUGGAAUCUACGAGUAUGAGGAAAACUCUUUGUCGAUUACCACAGACGAAAUUGAUAAUACUACGGUCGAAGAUUUUGAUGAACCUCCGGAAAAUGAUUUUUCUGAAUACAUGUGGAUGGAAAAUGAAGAAGAAUUUGAUAAAGAGGUAAUGCAGAGAUUGGAGGAAGAAGCCCUUAUGGAGGAAUGCAUUGCUUUCAUGAGCACGGUGAAUACCUACCCCAACUCCUCAGAAGCAGGUUCUGGGGAGGAAAGUGCAGUAACUUCCUCAAGUUUGAACCCUGAAGCAGCUGAGUUUGUUCCUUCCAGUCAGAGAGAACCCCCUUUAGAAGAAACUUCGGUCAUGUCUCGUUCACCCUAAAUGUUUCGGUAUUUUCUUGAUGUACAUAAUUGUUCUUUUGACACAAUGAUUUGAUUAGGAUGCGGUUAUUUAUUGGCUUUGUUAUUCUAUAUCAUUUUAAAAUGUUGCCGUCCUGUUUCCAAUAGACAUUAGCAAAAAGAAUCAAUUUAGGAUCGAUUCCAGAUAUUUCAAUACGUAAUACGAUGUCAAGGAUGGUUCAAUGCUUAGAUCGAUAUAGAAUAUCCUGCCGUUAGAUACACUUUUUAAUUUAUACCUACUUAAUUUUACCUUUAGCCCUGUUUUAUGCAUUGUCACAUUGUACUGAUCCAGUACGACCAUCGAACUUUAAGUUCUAUGGCAGAACUAUGUUCUUUUUACAUAAGCAAAAUUUAGUUUUUACACAUACAGUGCAAAUAGGGCAUCUGUGAUCAAUUGCAGUCACAUGACGUUUACUAAGAAUCUCCUUUAGUCUAAGUUAUUGAUCGGUUCUUUGUACCAAAAAAAAUGUGAUCAACAUGUCAUUUUAUGAAGGAGGCAUAACUAACUAAUCAUAUAUUAAUUUCGUUUGUGAUAGUCUUGGUGUGAUUCAUUCCUAAUCGAAUGCCCAAGUAAGAAUUGUUUUAUAGAUUCUCUUCCCUUUAUACUUAUGGCGUUGUUCACAACAAUUUGCUUAUUGUAACAAUAGUUUUGGGCGUACUUUUAGGAAUCAUCCAGUGUACUUGCUUUAAUGGGUAACAACUAUAAAAUACUUGUUUUUUGUAAAUGCAAUUGAACUUUUCCAGAAAGUUAGAAUGUCAAUAUUUUCUACAGUUCUAAAUAUUCGACGUAAUAUGAUGUAUUUAUAUAGAAUUUUCGACAAGUAAUAGUUUUAGCUUGGGUUUCUGGUGUAUCGUUUUUUAACUAAAAAGUCUAUAGCUCUAUGUUUGAAUCAUAUUUUUGUUAAUGUGUAAGAGCAGAUCACUGAUUAUCUUUAGUAGGUGCAUAAAUUGAAUAGUUAGAAUAUCUUGUAAUUAUUAAAUAAUAGCCCCUUUAGUAAAUUCUAAAUAAUUUUUGAAAAUAAAGGAUUUUGAAAAAUUGUUAACAUGGGAUCACUUUAUAGAGUGAUUAACACAAUGAUAUGACGGGGAUAUUGUAGUAUAUUACAUUUAAUUAAAAAUCAAAUUAACAAGGCAGGAUACAUGCAAUUAAAAUUGUACACUACCUUGUUGGAAUUCUGUAUAAAAAUUAUAUAUAUUUGAUUUUCAUCUUACACUGGAAAUGAAAUGUCUUAAAAAAAUACUUAAAGAUUUGUCUUAGUGUCUAGUAUAUAAGGAAAUAGUUAAGGAGUUGCACAGCGCACCUAAGCUCAUAGAAAAACAACUUCCGUGUAAAACUUAAUAAAACUCACAGAUCAUUGUAAAGAACAGAAAAUUUCAGGCAAUGCCAAACAUACCUACAACUUUUUGGGAGUCGUUUUUGCUGUAGUACAGGUUCAACACUAAAAUUAUAUUUGUGAUUGUACAAAGUCCAGGUGAGAUACUAAUAUUAUUUAGUAAGCACGUCCGCCACAAUCAUGCAUUGUGUAUGAUAUAGCGAGGCUGUGAGUUGAAAAAAAAACACAAAAUUUUUGGAAAUAACGUCUAAAAAAACUGGCUUAUUGAGAAAAAAUUCAUUUUUUACUUUUGUGUGCGAAAUGAAUAAACAAAACCAAACAAUUA